CAUGGUGACGUGUCAGAGAGUAACACUCAUGGAACAGGGAAUGAGGCGAAAGAGGCAGCGCCAGGCGCCCGGAGAGUCCGUGGUGCAAUGAAUCCCGCUGCGACCAGAUUCAGCCCACAAGAGAAUAAACCCAGCAGCACUCACGCUGGCUAAUUUUAGCUAAUAACCACUCUGCCUGAUUGCUGUGGCAGAAAGUGAGAGAUGGAUAUGGCUUCCUUAUUGUGGCAUUGAACUGUAUACAUACUUCCUGCUUGGACUGCUCUCGCAAUUCAAACCCAUCAUGACAGGCUCUACUUCCAAUGCCCACCACUGCCCCCAUCCCAAGGGAGCCAAAGGGGGCAGGUCAAGGAGCACUCAUGCACGGCCUGUCAGCACUGCCAACAACGGGGGCUCGGAAGAAGAAGACAAAGAUGGAGGGGUGCUUUUCCUCGUCAAUAAAAGUGGCUUCCCUAUCGAUGGGCAGACCUGGGAGAGGAUGUGGGUGCAUGUGGCAAAGGUGCACCCUGCAGGCAGAGAGAUGGUGGAGACAAUAAGGAAUGCUGCAUACCUGGCUAAACCUUCAGUGCCACCAGUGCCAAACUACAGGCUCUCCAUGUCUAUCCCAGAAUGGCUUCAGGCAAUACAGAAUUACAUGAAGAUGCUGCAAUACAAUCACACAGGAACUCAGUUCUUUGAAAUUAGGAAAACAAGACCUCUAAGUGGGUUAAUGGAGACGGCAAGAGAAAUGACCAGGGAAUCCUUACCUAUCAAAUGCCUUGAAGCAGUUAUCCUGGGGAUAUACUUAACCAAUGGGCAGCCUUCCAUGGAACGAUUCCCCAUCAGCUUUAAAACCCACUUCUCAGGAAACUAUUUUCAUCAUGUGGUGCUUGGGAUUUACUGCAAUGGCCGGUACGGGUCACUGGGCAUGAGCAGAAGAUCAGAUCUGAUGGACAAACCUUUGACCUAUCGAACUCUGACCGAUCUCGUCUUUGAAUUUGAAGAUUCCUAUAAAAAGUAUCUACAUUCAGUCAAAAAAGUAAAAAUUGGAUUAUACGUCCCACAUGAGCCACACAGCUUUCAGCCCAUUGAGUGGAAGCAGCUGGUCCUCAAUGUAGCAAAGAUGUUGCGGACAGACAUAAGGAAGGAGCUGGAGAAAUAUGCCAGGGAUAUGAGAAUGAAGAUUCUGAAACCCUCAAGUGCCCACUCUCCAAUCAAAGAGCGAUCACGAGGCAAGUCACUGUCCCCUCGCCGAAGGCAGGUCAGCCCUCAGAGACGGGUGUGCAGAAGAGACAAAUCGCCUGCAGUGAUGGACAAGAAAGUGGGUGAUCUCACUACAUUGAAUGAAGUGGGCUAUCAACUACGCAUCUAACAAAGCCAUAGGCCAGAUGGAGGGCUUCCAUGUACCCUGACUAUUUCUUCCAACUUGAUGAUGUGGUUUUACCAGCAUCCAGAGUAUUUUGGCUUACGUGGUUUAUCUGAACGUCUAACUUGCUACACCGAAGCUUUUCUAAGCUAUAAAGCUGUGACAUUAUUUUGUACUUUGUUUUGAAGUACAAGUGAAUUUUAUUCAUUCUCUUCAAAUUUGCUCUUGCACUUGCAUUUUUGUCUUACCUUUAAAACUGUGAUUCCAACUGCCUGUUUUUCUAGCUCAUUGCAAACUUGGCAAAUGAUAUUCUGGACGAAUACAUGUGCAUGGCUCUGGGUCUUGCUUUUCUCAUCACUUGUAUGUUUAUGUGCAGCAUGGAACUUUAAUAAAAUGUCCUUGGUCUUUUUUUAA